CAAUCCGUAUGGCUGUGGAACAGAAAUAUACGAGAGCGCGUGAGAUUGUUUGAGAAGCGCGGCGAAUAACGGCCAAAAAUGGCGUCCAAAUAUUAGAUCGUCGGUACUACUCUCUCUAUCAAGGGACUCCUGGCACCUAUAUCUCUGCUUUUGAUAACCCACUGUAAUAGAUAGAUUUACUUAUUGAACACAUGUUCUUCCUAUUUUCAUGUUGGGAAACACUAACUUAGACUUACCACUGCAAUCACUGCACGGUCUGCACCUGACUCACCCUUAACUUAACGAGCAUACACCCAUUGCACUGCAUAGAUACUGCAACUGCAUAGUCACGGCCACGCAGCGCUUGGAGGUGAAGCCACUGGGAGGUCGUGGGUGUGACUUAGAAGCUGAAUGGCUUCUUAACCUUGGAUGUGAUAUUCCAUCAUGGGCCGAAGAAAGAAAAAUGCUACGAGGAAAGAUGGCUGUAGUAGUUGUCCUUGUCCUCUUCUGUGUAGUGGCGAGCCAUGCCUUUUGUUGAGGUGGCUGCUUUUCUUCCUUUGCCCAGCCAUGUCUUCACAUAAGGCAGUGGAUCCCACUGUCUGCACGGUGGUCCCACACAGCUGAUGAAGAGGAAAUUGGCUGCAUUCUUGGUCAUGGAGACCGAGGACAGUCUGAAGUUUCCAAUCCUACAAAACCCUCCGUGGCCAUGGCAAAAGUACCAUCUCCAACUGGCUUCAAUUUAGAUGAUUUUUUGUUUAGUAAAUUGUUCAAGAGUGUAAAUGGAGAAGGUAAUCGGACCAUUAACAAGAUUGUAAAAACUUUAUUUCAUCAGAAGAUCCCAGAAAAGUCUUCAGCCUGUACCCUGGGUGAGAUUCUGAAUGAAGAGAACCUUAGAAGAAAGCCUAAAAGAAUCCAUGUUAGAUGUAAAAACAUACUGGAAGAAAAACCAUGCAAUGCAAAGUUUGAUAUAAAUUGUGGAAUUGGCCUUCUGGAAGAAAUAUUUAACGAUGAAUAUAGUAAACUUUCAGAGCAUUGUCGGGCACAGAUCCACUCUCUCAAAGAGCUGAGGAACUCACUGAGCCAGAAAUACCCUCUUGUUCUAUGUGAUUUUGAGGCACAUAAUGAAGUACUGAAUGAAUUAUUGAAGGAAAAUUUAGAAUAUGUUACUCUCAUAAAUGAAGUUGCAAAAUUGGAGGAAAAGAAAAAUGGACUUCCUGCAGCUGCAGAAAUAAAGGAAAUUCAAGGCUCCAUUGAUGAAAAGAAAAAAGAAAUAUAUGUUGUCACUGAAAUUGAAAAAUUAAGGUUAAUUUUAAAUGAUAUAUUGGAAAAUAUGAGCAAUGUUUUAAAUACAGAUUUGACAGAUUGCAGGAGCAUGGUGAAUAAAAACCUAACAGAUAUCAGCAAAGCUAAGGUGCAACAAUAUGAUCAAGCCACUUAUGACAGAGAAGUUGGUCUGUUUAAAGAUGACCCCAUGCAUAAAUUGAUAACUAAGGGUCGGGAAGAAAUGAAGAAACAAUAUAAAUGUUUAAAAAUUGCAAACCCUUGCCCAUGGAUUUGUAUGGACCAAAGUGAAAAAUUAUCUACAAGAAAUUUCAGCAUUGAGAAAAUAUACACGCCUCUUAGAAUUGUGACCUCAAGAAAAGAAAUUUCCACAGAGAAGUUAAUUACGGAGAAUGUUUCCAAAAACAAAACUGUGAUUCUCUAUGGCCCUGCAGGUUCAGGGAAGACAUCACUUUGUCUCCACUAUCUUCAUCAUUGGACCGAGGGAACAGAUGACAUUGAAACAUUGAAAGAUUACAGCCUAGUCAUUUAUGUGGAGCUACGAACUGUAAGAUCAAAUACCAUUGAAAGAUUCUUGAAGGAACAGAGAAUGAAAAACUCGGCAGAUUGUAUUGAUGAAGAGGAUUUAGUGCAACAGUUAGAUGAUUUGAAACUACUCUUCAUAAUUGAUGGCUAUGAUGAGGCCAAGGAAGAGUGUAGGAAAGUUGUAAGGGAUAUAUGUUCAAAGUUCCCUAAUCAGCUCGUUAUGGUGACCACAAGAACAGAGCUCCGAGAAGAAGUAAAAAACAGGUCUACUAGAGUUACCUGUACUUAUUUGGAAAUUUGUGGGUUUGAUGAGUCCAGAAUUAAGGGCUUUACUGAGAAGGUAUUUAAUGCAGUAGUGCAGUCCAAAUAUUUCAUGGAAACAGAAACCAAAGCCAGUAGGGCAAUAAAUUCAUCUGAAUUCCUUCACUAUGUAGAGGGACGAGGCAAGAUUUUAGAGAAACACCUGGAGCUACCAUUGACCCUAGCGCUCAUGAUAUACAUGUGGAUUGACUGUCCAGAGGUCCUCAACAAUGUCACCACAUGCACAUCUCUAUAUUAUGAGCUUUUUAAAUUGUGCCAGGAAAAAAUAAAGACUCGUCUUAGAUAUUGUUAUUCAGAAAAUCUUGAAAGUGUAUUGAUCCUUCUUGGAAAGAAAGCAUGGCAACUAUUGCAAAAUGAUGAAGACUCAUUGUCAAAUGAUGAUGAAAAAGAAAUAGAUGAAGAGUGUAGAAAAAGAAAGGUUCCCAAGGAAGAGGUGCUGUCUGCCUUUCUCAUGUAUGAUGUUGAUGACAAUUCUGAUGAGAACAGAUAUGACUAUUCCUUUAUGCAUAGAACUCAGAUGGAAUAUCUCUCUGCCUAUUUUUGGGCUGAAGAAGCUGAGAAGAAAGACUUGAAUGAUAUUGUUGGACCAGUUUCCCCUCUGUUUGGAUUACAUCAGAUAAUCGUAUUCCUUGUUGGCCAUUUCACUAGAAAAGGAAUGCUGAACCAAAAAAUGGAGGAGGUUUUUGAAUUACUUUCCAAGAUUCAGGUUGAAGAUAACGAUUUUGAUUUUUGGUGGAGGUUACUGACAGAAUCACAAAUUAAUGGUGAACCCAGUAAAAAUCUUUCACUUGAAAUUAUCAAAAAAAAAAUUACAAAAAAAACGUGGAAGCUCUCCAGUGUUACUGCUGUGCCUGGACUUGAGUGUCUUAUUCAUACUCCAGCACAAAUAGAGGAGCUUAUCAUUGAAAUGGAAAAUGAUGAAGAUCCAUACAAUAUAAAGGAUUUUUUUAUCACUAUGAAGUCACUUAAGGCAAAACUGAGGGGCCGAUAUGAUAAGAAAAAACCUCUUCUUGUUGAGUUAUUUUUCUGGCAUCACUGUGAAAGAAGGUGUAGAAGACCAUCAAAUGAUCUGCUUGGGACACUUGAUCCAUGGGGCCAUUUAAUAGACUUUGUUGGAAGUGUUGGAGAAUACAAUGAUAAGUUUAUGCCGAAUUUCUGCUUAAAUCUCAAGAGGUUGAGAGUCCGAGUUGAAACAAGAGGUGCACAGGUUAGCCUUUUCAACAGCCUUGCAAGAAUUGGUGGAAGAAUGAAGGAGCUGCGUGUGCUUUUGGAUUUGGACCCUAAAGAAUGCAACCCUGAGACCCUUGCCUGCCUUAAAUAUGAUAAAUUCAUUGAUUUAGAACUGACUCUGCAACACAUGGAGGAUGAACACAUGAAAUGGAUAGUACAAGUAGUGAAGAAAGUCAGUGGAAGGAACGGGUGUUGUAAACUCAUCUUAGAAAAAAGUACCCUCUCAUUUCCUACAGUAGAACAUAUUGUAGAAAUGCUAUGUAAUGUGGUACAUGAACAUUACAAAAUUGAAAGCACUAAUGAUCUAACUCCUGAACAAAAGGGAAAACUGAAAAGAGUGGAGUGGAAUGGCAUCUAAGGUUUACUGACUGGUGGGUCACAGCACUCCAACAUGCCUGCUUGCAUCUGCAGGUCACAGCACUCCAACAUGCCUGCUUGCAUCUGCCUGGGUGGUGAAGCUUCUUGCACAGAGUCCUGGGACAAACCAGCCAUUGGGAAGAAGAUGUAAACUCAGAGAAAUAUUUAGCUCCUCAAUUUUCUGAAAUUAAAAACAUGUAGAUUGACUGUUAAAGGACAUGAAAUCAAAGGAGACUAAGCAAUGACCAAGUGCUGUUAAUAGUAUCUUUCAUGACUUUAUCUGCCCCAAAAUUAAAAGGUUAAAGUCAACAGUUACAUACUCUUGAGUAAUGUUGAGAAUUAAAUAUAUUUAGUUCACAUACAAUGAAUAUGGUAUAUGUAUUGAUAUUACAGGAACUUGUCUAACUAAGCAGGAAGAUGUGCCAUGUGCCUAUACAACCAGAGUUGGCAUACACGAACUAAGCUGGCAACAGGCCGUGUUCACGAAAUAGUCACUGGUUCGACAAGAAGUCAUUCCAGCAAUACCCCAUGAUCCUGUGAAGGCACUUCAUACCAAAGGCAUUGACAUGCCUCUCCAAGUCACUAUCCAGUGUGCAUGCCUCACAGCCGUACAGUAAGACAGGGAGCACAAGGGACUUGCAAAUACAAAUCUUUAUCUUCCUGCAUAUGUAUCAACAGUGUCAUAUACUCAUGUUUAGCGAGUCCAUAACACUGUGGGCCAGGCCAAUCCAUUGAGUGACUUUCUUGGGGGACUUGCCAUUGUUAUGCACUACUCUACCAAGGUAUGUGACACUUUUGGUGACCUUGACAUCCUCACCACAUGCACGAAGAGACUGGAAUGUGUCAUCCAGUGAACCUCCAUAUGACUGGACCACAGUUUUGGCCCAGGAGACCUUUAGUCCCAGGGGCUUCACCUCCUCAUGCAGCACUUUGAAAGCCAACACCAGGACCUCCAACAAUUCCACAAGAUGUACAGCACCUUCAACAAAAACAAGGUUGGUGACCUUGAUGUCACCAGCAGGUGCUCCGCAGUGACUUUGAUCAACAACUUUGCCUAAUACCCAGUCCAUGCAAGUGUUGAAAAGUGAUGGAGCAAGGAUGCACCCCUGUCUCACCCCUGAAUUAACAGGGAAGCAGCCAGAAACACCUCCCCAGUCUCCUCAGUCCCAGAGUAAAGCCAGUCAUCAGAUCAGUAAUCCUUGCAGGAAUCCCACGGAUCCACAGAAUGUCCCUGAGUACCUCACAAUGCACUGAGUUUAAAGCCUUCAUGAGAUCAUCAUAGACUGCAAGCAGCCCCUGUUGAAACUCCUGCCAGCAUUCCACAAGGACGCAAAGUGCUAAGAUCUGGUCAAUUCUUGACUUGCCAGGUGUGAACCCAGAUUACUCAAGUCUGAAACUUUAGCAAAUGAGAUCGUCAGUAGCAGAUGAGUGAACACUUGCCCAGCACACUGAGCAGUGUAAUACCAUGGUAAUUAUUACAGUUCUGUCAGUCCCAUUUCCCUUUCCAGAUAGGGACAACCAACGCUCUUUUCCAUUCAAGACAAAUGCCACCAGACUGCCAAACGGCAGACAGGACUGCAUGCAACCCACAGAUCAUGACUUCACCCCAGGCUUUCAGUAUCUUCACACUGUUAUUACAGACCCCAAGUGCCUUUCUACACCUUCAACUCCUCAUAGUCCCUCCUCUCACCUAUGCAAGAGAGGAUGAAGUUUAAUUUAUUAGUGAAUCUGCAGCUGCCAUCUGCAACUCAUCCAGAGGGAGCCAUCUGCUUGGGGGCUCUGCCGUUUAGAACUGCCCAAAGUACUCGACCCAACAAGCCCUGUACCCAUUCACAUCAGAUACCACCUGACCAUCAGCUGUCCAGACAGUGCUCGGAUAAGACUGAGAUGUGGAUUUAGAGCGGAGCUCUGAAGGCAAGUCUAAGGUUGUUUGCAUGUAGACAACCCUGGACAUCCUCAGCGAGACCUCUGACACACCUCUCCUUUUCUCUCCUUUCUUUGACAGAGUCCUGUAUCACUCUUAAAGUCCCCAGACAGCCUGGCAGCACGACACCUUUAUACUCUCCAGUGUGUCCCUAAAGGCAACUCCACUCCUAGACCUUGGACGUUAUCCAAUUGGGUCCUUAACAAACCCCUAAAAUUGCCAGUGAUCGCUAGCUACUUUAACUAAAACUCGGUCAGGACCUGUUGAAGCGACGAGGAGUCACACAUUCUAGAAUCUCGCGUAUUAAAUUAUGAUGCACUGUGCCUAUUCUACAAGACAAGUGUUUAUGCUAACAUUUUUCAUGUGAAUUGGUGAGAAACACACUACCAAUUAGUUAUUACAAGCUAAAUACGUGCAACUAAGCUUACACCAUUCUCGCAUUUUUUUUUACUCUCCUGCCGCAUGUAUAUAGCUUGAACCAUUUUGCCAAUAGAUUCCACAAAGACUAAUGUUUAAUCUGGCAAGUACCGAACAUAAUUUAGUCAGUACAACUCAUGGUAAAGAGAUAAUGUAUUUCCUGCCAUAUAAGAUGCCCUUUUUUUAAAAAAAAAAUAA